AUGAUGGACGAUGAAGGAGGUUAUUAUGGACCGCUAGAUCUAGAAGAUAAAAAGUAUGUUCAUCCAGAAAGGGCAGUAAAUCAUACAUUUAAUUUAUUACAAUUUGCUAAUAUGGCAGAAGAUGCUCAAUUUGAGGCAAUGGAUGCAUCAAUCACAGCUUGUGAAAAACAUCCAAAUAAUCCAGGACUUGCUGCACGUGACAUAAAACAGGUUAUGGAUAUUAAAUACCCAUCGGGAUGGAAUGUGAUUGUAGGAGAGGCGUUUGAAGAAAUGGCAGCCGCGGCUGAAGAAGAAAGUGGUUAUUAUGGACCACCAGAUUUGGAAGAAAAAAUUUAUGUACAUCCAGAAAAGCAUGUAAAUUAUACAUACAAUUUACUACAAUUUGCUAAUAUGGACGAAGAUGUUCAAUUUGACGCUAUGGAUGCGUCAAUCACAGCUUGUGAAAAACAUCCAAAUAAUCCAGGACAAGCUGCGCGUGAUAUAAAACUUCAUAUGGAUGCUAAAUAUUCAUCUGGAUGGAAUGUGAUUGUGGGAGAGGCCUUUGGUUUUGAAUGGAACAUUGGCAGUUCUUAUUUGGAAAUGUUGAGUUACAUGUUUUACGAUACAAUUCACUUACAUUAA